CGUGGAUAAAUAUUUAAUGAGAACCAAAUCAUAUUGCUGAAAGAUCCUAUGACACUGUAACGGCUGCUGAAAAUUAAAAAUUUUUAAAACAUAUAUAAAAUCUUAUAAAAAUGUUAAUAAUAAUAAUUAACAAUAUCACUGCUAAACUGUAACAGAUAAAUGCAGCCUUAGUGAGCAUAAGAGACAACAAAACAUUUAAAAAUCAUACUGACCCCCCUCCCAGACUUUUGAAUGUUAGUGUAUAAUGUUCGCUUUGCUUGUUUAUGUAUCACUUAGCCUACUGGCCAAUUGCAUGCUGGGACAUUUGAUGUCAACUUCCUAUAUAUGAAAUAAAAUGGCAUUUUAAGGAUGUUAUGCUCCCAUGUAUCGAGCCUGUACACAAUUUUAAUCAGAAAGCACUAACAAAAUAAAUUCCCUUUAAUACUAAAUAGCAAGCACAAAAAACAGCGUCAUAUUACAGACGAACAUUAUCCCACAAAACAAGAAAACACCCAUUAUGUGCCUGCCCGCCCGCUUUGAGCUGCUGUCUGCCUUUUCAAAGCUCUCGCGCCGCCAGCCAAUCGGAUUCUGCCAUGUUGGGACCCUCCGACCAAUCGCGGCCCGCAGCGAGGAGGAAAACUUGGACGAUUCUCUUGGGUGUAAAAUUGUUGCGUGUCGCGAUGGGAGAAAUAAAAGUGGGAAGUGAUGGAACAAUAGAGCCGGCUGUUUCCGGGAGGCGCCAGCAUUCCCGAGCAACUUUCGCGCUCUUGCGCAUACCGACAGUCCGCCAAGCACACAGCCCGCCCGCUUCACCCCGGCGGCCGCCUUUGUGUCACACGAGAGUUUUAGGCGAGAUCUCCGGAGAGGGAGAAUCAAACCGCCGGCGUCCUGUUGUCAAAUGAUUUGCAUACGGACUUCCGCCCCCCUGAAUUUAGUUUCUGCAUCGACUAGCGAAGGCAGUGGGCAGACCUGAGCCCUCAAUCAGGCGCAGUCAUGCGGACUUGACAUUUAAACUCGGUUAACGUUUGGACGCGAACGGCGCGCGCGCGCGUGUUCCGGACGGUCUCGAUGGAUUCGGAUUAAACGGCGCGCCGGGAUCUGACGCUUUCGUUCUCGGAGGCGUUUACUAUGCUGGAUUUCUGCCGGCUCUUGUGGAUGUACCGUGACUGUUCGCUGUGACUCGCGGUGUAGAGCCGGACUAUCGCGUUGGACUGUUUUGUGGCAGGAAAAUGCGCGUUUUCAUCUCCUCUCAAGCAGGGGGAUUCCUCGUCAGUUCGCACUUGUCUGUUUGGAUCCUAAAGUAGGAUACAGCCAGAUCCUCCAACCCAGUCGAGGAUCUGAUGUCUGUAUGCUCUGAUGUCUAUUUCAAUGUGUCAUAUUAGAAGAGUUGACCAUCUCUUUUGGAUGGAGUUUUACCUCGCGUUCUUCUUUUGACGUCUUUGACAGCGUGGAUGAAUUUUUAGAUCGUUUUUUUUUUAAUAGCUUGGAUUACUUUAUUUCUGGCUGCGUUUUCACAGGUUGGAUCUCCUCUUUUAUUUUGGCCGCUUUCUGUUGAACUGCCGUUGAAAUCACGCGUUUCAUUCUUGCGAUUCGUUUUCGACGAUCCGCCGGGCGAAAACGGCGUGCGAUCUCUCGCCGGUUUAUUUAUUGCUCGUCGAAAGCUUUUGCACACCAUGACUUUCUUGUCCGGGGCAGCGGUUCUGUUGCUGCGUGGACUCGUCAUCUCUGCGGUACUGGGCUUAGAGAGUUCAUACACGAGUCAUCUGUCGAACCGAGUCACUCCCGACCCGGCGGCUGUCGCUCCCACAGACCCGUGUUUGACGGUCAUCCCUCCGUGUGUGAAUGAAGCCGACCGCUUCAGUUUAGAGGCACUUCGGCACAUUCACAAGCAGCUAGAUGACGACAACGAUGGAGGAAUUGAAGUGAAUGAGAGUGUAGAGUUUAUCAUAGAGGACAUGAAGCAGCACCAGACCAAUAAACACAGUAAUCUUCACCGAGAGGACCAGCACAUCACGGUGGAGGAGCUGUGGAGGGGCUGGAAAAUAUCAGAAGUGCACAACUGGACACUGGAGGAUGCCAUUCAGUGGCUGAAAGAGUCAGUGGAGCUUCCUCAGUACGAAAAAAACUUUAGAGAGUUUAAAGUAGAUGGCAACACGCUACCUCGAAUAGCGGCCAAUGAACCGUCGUUUAUGUCAAUGCAACUAAAGAUAUUAGACCAACGACAUAAACAAAAAUUAAAUUUAAAAGCGUUGGACGCAGUGCUCUUCGGACCUCCACUACGUCCUCACCAUCACUGGCUGAAGGACUUUGUUUUGAUGAUUUCAAUCAUCAUUGGUGUGGGCGGCUGCUGGUUUGCAUACAUACAGAACAAGUCGUCUAAAAUUCACGUCUCCAAGAUGAUGAAAGAUCUGGAGAGUCUACAGCAUGCUGAACAGAGCCUGAUAGAGCUACAGAGCCGGCUGGAAAAGGCUCAGGAGGAGAACCGGACGGUGGCGGUGGAGAAGCAAAACCUGGAGCAGAAGAUGCGUGACGAGAUCAACGGAGCAAAGAGAGAAGCCAGCAGACUGCGAGAGCUGCGAGAGGGGGCUGAAUGUGAACUCAGCAGACUCAAGUAUGCAGAGGAGGAACUAGUGCAGGUGCGGAUGGCACUGAAGAGAGCAGAGAAGGAGAUGCAGUCAGACUGGUCGGUGCCAGAAGCCCUGCAGAUGUGGCUUCAGCUCACACACGAGGUGGAAGUGCAGUACUACAACAUUAAGAAACAGAAUGCUGAGCUGCAGCUCACGGUCGCAAAGGACGAGGCUGAAAAGAUCAAGAAGAAGAGGAGCUCUGUGUUUGGUACCCUCCAUGUUGCGCACAGCUCAUCGCUGGAUGAAGUAGACCACAAAAUACUUGAGGCUAAAAAAGCCCUGUCAGAGGUCACAGCCUGUUUGCGUGAACGUCUUCACCGCUGGCAGCAAAUAGAGAAGUUAUGUGGCUUUCCAGUGGUUAAUAACUCUGGGCUGCCCAGCCUCACCGCCUCCCUGUAUGCCGACCACAGCUGGGUGGUCAUGCCGCGGAUGUCGGUGCCACCCUACCCGAUCGCCGGUGGGGUGGAUGAUCUCGAUGAGGACACGCCACCAAUCAUUCCACAGUUCACCUCUCCUUUGAUUCGACCUCCUCUGACCCGCAACAGCAGUGUUUGUCGUUCUCGCAGAAGUCUUAUGUCUCAGCCCUCGUCCCUUUCUCCUGACCCUGACCUGUUAUCUAUGGCCUCGGCCCCGCUGGCCUACAGACCCGAGGGAGAUGACGAUCACAUCUUCUUCACUGUAGAAAGAAAGGGAGAUCCUCAGGACACAUGCUCAGAUUCAGAUUCUCUCAGUUCCUCCUUGGGCAGGAAGCAGUUCUCCGGUCCCUCUGUGCAAAGUACAUGUGUUACGGGCACGGAGACCCCACCGCGUAAAAUCUCUCGUGAGGAACUUCUUUUCCUGGUACAGGAGGCCCAGACUGUCACCAUGGAGACCUUGCCUCCUUCCACAUCCUCCCCUUCAUCUCCUCUUGACUCCUCUUCAGUUCACAAGGGCUCUCCUGACCUUACCCGCUCUUCCGUCCUUCCAGAGUCUCAAAGCUUAACCUUUCACCCUGGCACCAAAGCUGUGGCCUAUAAUGGUAUUCUGGAAAAGUCAUACAGCAUGGGCCAGCUGCCUGCUGGUGGGACGCCUCCAGAGGGUCACUACCCCUCCAUUAGCUCACUCGACAUAGAAAGCAAAUCUAUUAAGGAGCCCAAGCAACUCCAACCCACCUCCUCCCAGGACUCUUGUGAUAACGGAGAGAAAAAACGCUCCAAGAUCAAGAGCUUGUUCAAGAAAAGCAAAAAGCUGUGAGGAACAGUCGAGAAGAGGAAGAAAUGGAAAGAAAAAGAAGCCUUAAAACAAAAUAAAUGAGGGUGAUGCUGUCAACCAGAAGCCAAAACAUUUUUCAGUUUCUUUGUCCUUUUUUUUUAAAUUUUAAAUGGAAUGUAGCUUCAUCUGGGUACAGUCCUGGGUUGGAAGCCUUUUUAUGGUGAUUUUUUUUUUUUUAGCCUCACGCAUAUGCCUUUUGAAGGCCAGAAAAUGUCAUGGUAACAUUUUGAAGAACAUGGCCUCUCCGGUGUCUUCUGUUAGGUCUCUGUUUUAUAUAAUGUGCACCCUAAUGAUGUCACCAGGAAGGGAUCGGGAAAUAUACCAAAACAGAAUAAAGUGAACACAGUCCAAAAUAAGCCCGAUCUCCAAAUUCUUAAAAAAAAAAAAAAUAGACUUCCUGGAAAUAUGUUUCAAAGUUCACCUACAUGCGAAAAUUCUGUCAUGAUUUACUUCCCCUAACCUGUAUGCUGUAGUUUUGUGGGACACAAAACGUGCCAUGCGACCGAGGUUCAUAGUGACCAAGGGCUGUUAAACACCAAAAAGCAAUAUGCAACAUCCAAAAAAACAAACAAAUAUAGCAACUUGCACCUUUCUCUUUUAUUAACUGGAUCAUUUAUGAGCUGAGCCCAAACAAUAAGGCCAUAUGUGUGACAUGGCGACCCUUCAAGAGCUCCCUCCUCGUAAAUAAAACGCGUGGCUCCGCUGAUGGCGGUUCAGUUAAAAUCGAUAAAUAUAACAGUCUUUAAUUUCUGUGAUAUUACCUUGGUCAGAAAUGACCAAGAUGACAAAAUGUUGUUAUGGUUACCGUGGUGUCAGUCAAUGCAAUUUCAAGAGGGAUAUCGGUUCCGUAUAAACACAAAUCUGUAAUUUAGGGGAUUCGCUACUGAAUUUUACUGGAUAGUUCACCUAAAAAUGAAUUCUGUCAUUAAUUACUCACCUUCAUGUCGUUCCAAACUUUUAAGACCUUUGUUUUGACCUUUGUUUUGACCUUUUAUGACAGAAUUUUCAUUUUUGGGUGAAAUAAUCCUUUAUAAAUGCAGUUGCCACCCCUGAAACUUCAGUGCAUGUGACCAUUGGCAAAAUCAAAGCACAAGGCAUCGCGGUUUGUCAUUAAAUAAACACUUGAUGACCAAAUGAUUAAAAAAAAAACAAGUCUGCUCUUGUAGAAGCUUAUAUUACUAAAUUGUUUUCAUCAUGACAGACUUGCUUCUGUUAAUAUACACUCGCAUAUACACAUCAGCUGUAAAAGUGGCACAUCGCUUCUGGUUAAUACACAGAUAAGAUUUAAUACAUAACACACAAGUCGUAGGCCAUUGUCUUUUUAAUGGUGUUUUUUUUAACAGCCAAUGGUCUCUAUAAAAUGGGUUUUCAGUGGCAAGACCUAUAUAACAAUUCGAAACCAAACAAACAAUAAAACACUACUUUUGUGAUCCACAGAAGAAUGAUCAGCGUUGGGUUUGGAAUUACACGAGGGUGAGUAAACCAUGAAACAAUUUUCAUUUUUUUCCCUCAAGUUUGAACGACAGCUGGUUGUUGUUUGAGAUAUCUCUGCCUUUGACAUCAUCACAUGCUUAGUUUUUAAUAUUUAGCGAGGUUUAGGAUUCCCUAUAGUGUGAAAAUCAUAAAAAAAAGUACUUUCCCUUCCUCAUAAGGGCCCAGGGUGAAAUCUGGGCUUGCGGUUUUGUCACUUCUGUUUACUGCCACAGAGCUCACGUACUUGACGAUAUUUUUUAAGGAAGAAAAAAAAAAAACGAAAGUAAGAAAAGGAGUAACACUUAACAUAAAGCAGCGUGUCAGAAUGCCUACAUAGUGGAAUAAUAAACACAAUGUAAUGGCUUAGUAAAUUAAUACAGAUUACUCUUUUUUUAGUCUUAAAAUAGCUCCGUAAGCACUAUAUUUCAUAUUCAUCAUUACACUUCUCAUUUCUGAUUUAAAACAUUUUGCAGAACUAGAAUGAUGCCUAUUGUUUUGGUGCAUUCGUUAAAAAAUUAAAUAACAAAAAAAUUAGAUGUAAAAAAUAUAUAUAUAACAUGCCCACACACACACACACAAUAAAAAACAAAGCCCAAGCUGUGUGAAAUUCACAGCGGAAUUUUUUGUAGUGUUUUGACGACAAUGUUCGGUUGUGGCGUUUAUAAGGCAUCUUGACUAACUGCUGUGUGGAAAGCGCUACUGAAUUAUCCUGCUAAAGGUUGUUGCACUACUGCUUUCCGUACCUGGAAAGAGUCGCUUUUGGUGGCAUAAGAGUAAGUUAUGUUAGUUAGCUCAAGGAGAAUAUUUGUAAAGAUGCGUUAAAAAGCAGAACAUCUACAUCAGAGGCAGAAAAAAUAAACGAUUGUUUAGAACGCCUCUCACCACAUUUAUUCUCUGAAAUAUUUGUAUUUUUUUCAUCAUGAAUAUGUUUAUUAGAAGUUAUUCAAUUGUAGGAAAGUGAUUUCUUUUGGGUAGCUGAGGAAAGAGUUUUUAUUUUUAUUUCAUUUUUUCUGAGGAGAAAUGUAUAUGAUAUGCAGAUUUUGACCCAAAAUCCCUCUUUCUUGGACUGAGUGCCCUGUUUCAAGGGCGUUACCAUCACUGUGAUCAUUAUACCUCUCUCCGCUCAUACAAAUCAUCCACAACGGGGCACUAAACUGAUUCUGUUUUGGCAAAAAUGAUUGCAACUUUUUUCGAAUUGCAAGACCCUUGUCCAGUGCCAGAGAGGACAGUGGUGCCUAAAUUUGUUUGUCUCAGAACUCACUCGCUCAGCCUCAUAUACGCUGAUACACAUGAAGGAUAAACAAAAAAAAAAAGGUUUAUGUAUAUACACGUGUGUUUAUGUGUGUAUAUAUAUUUAUACAGUCACUGACAUGGACAAAUGAAUGUUGAGAUGAUUGAGCUGAGCUGUUUUUUUUUUGUGUGAAUAUUUGUAUACAGUAGAACAAAUUAAUAAAAAAUUGAGGCAGAAGUCUCAUCUGUGCAAUCA